AAAGACUAUAAACGUUUUUGUAAUCACAGAGAUUAUCAGUUGAACUAUGCACGAAAUCAUCACCUGACUCUUCUUCUCAUCGGAGGAAUCAAUAAGCAAAACAAACAAAAAAAGAAAUCAAUUUUCAGAUAAUCUGAAAGAAAAAUGACGAAUUCAGGGAGCCUCAGAAGGAAGGCAGUAGAACUGUCGUAAUCACGAAUUUUCAUACACGCGAUUCAACUAAAUCAUCACUGGCAGAUUAUAUCCGAUCGGAGAAAAAAAAACAAACACAGAAACCGCCCAUAGCUUUUUCAGGCUUUCUGGAAACUAUUAGGAAUUGGGAGGAAGAAGACGGUGCUAAAGAUGACUAGUGGUAGAGAGAUGGGAUUGAGUCGGAGAAUGAUGACGAGUUAUAUAGGGAAGGAAGAGGAGAGAUAUGCGGAAGCUGAAAAUGGCCACACCUACGGCGACUAUGGAGGUCGGAAACGACGGUGUUGCCGUGAUCACCCUCACAAAUCCCCCCGUCAACGCCUUAGCCAUUCCAAUAAUUAAUGGCUUGAAGGAUAAGUUUACGGAGGCUGCUAGGAGAGACGAUGUCAAAGCCAUUGUUCUGACAGGAAGUGGUGGGAGAUUCUCUGGUGGUUUUGACAUCAAUGUUUUCGAACAAGUUCACAAGCAUGGGGAUGUAUCUGUACUACCUGAUGUUUCUGUUGAGCUACUUGUCAACCUGGUUGAAGAUGGAAAAAAACCUGCUGUUGCUGCCAUACAAGGACUUGCCCUUGGAGGUGGCUUAGAAUUGGCAUUGGGAUGCCAUGCUCGCAUUUCUACACCAAGAGCUCAACUGGGCUUGCCCGAGCUUUCCCUUGGGGUUAUCCCUGGCUUUGGAGGUACACAACGCCUUCCAAGGCUUGUGGGAUUGCCUAAAGCUAUUUCAAUGAUGCUGACAUCUAAACCCAUAUUGUCUGAAGAAGGGAAGAAAUUAGGUCUCAUUGAUGCAAUUGUUACCCCAGAAGAAUUGAUUAAAGUAUCACGGCAAUGGGCACUGGAAAUUGCUGGAAGGAAUAAACCCUGGAUACGAUCCCUUCACAGGACUGACAAACUAUGUUCUCUUUCUGAAGCACGAGCUAUUUUGAAGGAUGCUAGGCAACAGGCAAAACAGACUGCCCGCAAUAUGCCACAACACCAGGUAUGCCUUGAUGUGAUUGAAGAAGGCAUUGUUCAUGGAGGUUACAGUGGAGUUCUAAAGGAGGCCAGAGAUUUCAAGGAGCUUGUAUUGUCAGAUACUUCGAGAGGGCUUGUUCACGUGUUUUUUGCACAAAGAGCAACCUCAAAGGUUCCUAAUGUUACUGAUAUUGGUCUCAAACCAAGGCUAAUAAAAAAGAUUGCUGUAAUUGGUGGAGGUUUAAUGGGCUCUGGGAUAGCUACAGCUCUUAUUCUGAGCAACAAGUAUGUUCUUCUCAAGGAAAUUAAUGCCGAAUAUCUUCAAAAAGGGAUAAAAUCAAUAGAAGAAAAUGUCCGAAUUUUGGUAUCAAGGAAAAAGUUAUCUCAAAAUCAAGCUGAAAAAGCCCUUUCAUUACUUAAAGGUGUAUUGGACUACUCGGAGUUUAAGGAUGUUGAUAUGGUUAUUGAGGCUGUAAUUGAAAAUGUUCCUCUAAAGCAAAAGAUUUUCAUUGAUAUUGAGAAGGCAUGCCCUCCUAAUUGUAUACUGGCAUCUAACACAUCUACUAUAGACCUUAACGUAAUUGGUGAGAAGACCAGAUCUCAAGAUAGGGUUAUAGGUGCUCAUUUUUUCAGUCCUGCUCAUGUUAUGCCUUUGCUGGAGAUAGUUCGGACAGAGAAGACUUCAGCUCAAACAAUUGUUGACCUUAUGGCUGUUGGUAAAGCAAUAAAGAAAGUACCUGUUGUGGUGGGGAACUGUACUGGUUUUGCUGUAAACAGGACCUUCUUCCCAUAUGCCCAAGGAGCACAUCUUCUCGUGCAUCUUGGAGUUGAUGCCUUCAGGAUUGAUGCCCAGAUUACAAACUUUGGCCUUCCUAUGGGCCCUUUCCAGCUUCAGGAUUUAACAGGAUAUGGGGUAGCUGUUGCUGUAGGAAAACAAUUUGAUGCUGCUUUUUCUGACCGUAUAUUUAGGUCUCCUUUAAUUGAUCUCCUCAUUAAAAGUGGUCGAAAUGGCAAAAAUAAUGGGAAAGGAUACUACAUUUACCAGAAGGGAAUGAAACCAAAACCAGAUCCUUCUGUGCUUCCAGUUAUAGAAGAGUCUAGAAAGCGGAUGAAUAUUAUGCCAGGAGGGAAGGCAAUAUCUGUGACCGACCAAGAAAUAGUUGAGAUGGUUCUCUUUCCGGUAGUGAAUGAGGCAUGCCGUGUUCUUCAUGAAGGGAUGGUUGUCCGAGCCUCGGAUCUGGACGUUGCAUCUGUUCUUGGAAUGAGCUUCCCUUCUUACAGAGGCGGAAUUGUUUUCUGGGCUGAUACCGUUGGAGCUGGCCAUAUAUAUAAAAGCCUCAAGAAGUGGUCAGAACUGUAUGGUAACUUCUUCAAGCCCUCCCCUUUCUUGGAAGAAAGGGCACUCAAAGGCAUUCCGUUGAGCGCUCCCGUUGCAUCGACCUCUUCAGCUUCAAGAGCGCGUCUGUAGACCGUGUUUCAACCAUCCACAUAUGAUCUCCAAAAUUGGGAGUGGCAAAAAAAGAACACUUAAAAUCAUACAGUGUUGGGGGACCUAAUAAAAUAAUGUGUUUGUUUUGUAGCUAGAAAAGAAUGGUUUAUUUUUUGAGUUAUUAAAUGUUAAAAACUAGUUUUGAAUAAUGUAUGAAAUUCACAACAAUUUCAUCAAUAAAGUUAUGUGUAACUA